AUGUUGAACCUAAACCUGAAACUGGGGAAGGUGCCACAGCUGUGGAAAACAUCAUGCGUGGUACCUGUGUCCAAGACCCCACGCCCCAAGGACUUCAGCAGCUACAUGCCGGUGGCACUAACAUCCCACCUGAUGAAGACCCUGGAUCGCCUGGUCCUUGUCCAUCUCUGUCCCCUGUAUUUGAGGACCGGGGACUGUGUCUCCGACAUGGUCAUCUGCAGUACAGGAGUCCUGCAGGGAACAGUUAUCGUCGGCCUCAUCCCGAAUGCGGAUGGCAGGGAGUAUAGGGAACUGACGCAGGACUUUGUGGACUGGCCACCGGUGAACAUCCAGGGAACGGACAUCGAGAUGGUGACAUCUUAUAAGUACCUGGAUGUUCACCUGAAGAAUAAACUGGACCAGACUCACAACACAAAUGCACUUUACGGUACGGGUCAGCACCAACUUUAUCUGCUCAGGACAUUGAGGUCUUUUGGAGUGCAGGGAGGACUCCUGAAGACCUUCUACCACACCGUGGUGGCAUCAGCCAUCCUUUAUGUUCACCUGUCAGCUGUGAUCCACGCCGCAUCAGUCACACAGGACACGGGUGUGAGGUCUGCCACCGUUGGGGAAAAUGUGACUUUACAAUGCUUCUACGACAGCCAGACAGCAAUGCACUUCUCCUGGUACCGACAGCCAAUAGGACGCAGACCUAAGCUUCUUUUUCAUCUCUACAAAUAUGACGAUCCGUCCAAAGUCUUCAACCGCUUGGAGAUGAAUCUUCGUUUCUCUGUGCAGAGGAAGGACGGGAUAAACCAUCUGCACAUCGCUGAUGUACAGCCCUCAGAUACAGCGACAUAUUACUGUGGAAGCUCCCAUUCCAAUAUGGUGGAGUUUGGCGAAGGGAUAUUUCUGAGUGUUGAAGGAAUGGGCCAGCAGGGAAUCCUCCAGGAACCAGCGUCUGAGACCAUCCAGCUUGGUGGCUCUGUGACCCUCACCUGCACAGUAAAUACUACAGCCUGUGUUGGAGGAGAUGGUGUGUACUGGUUCAGACAUGGCUCUCAACAAAGAGUUAUCCACACACACAGGGAUCAUUGCAAGCCCAACUCUCCACCAGAGUCUCAUUCACUGACCAUUUGCCAUUUGGAGAUGACGAACGUGAGCUCUUUAGAUGCAGGAACCUACUAUUGUGCUGUGAGUUCCUCUGGGAAGAUACUGUUCGGUCAUGGAAGCAAACUGCUUGUCAGACAUGAGGCCGAAAACCAAAUAAGAAUCUUGUUCUGGCUGUCCAUCAUGAGAACUGGAAUUCUGUUGCUCUUUCUAACCGUUUCCCUGCUUGUUGUUUUCAUAAAGAGAUGUUAAAGCCCAUAAUGCACAAUGCAGGGGGAUGUGCAGUUUAGAAGGCUAGAGAUACAAGUUGCCUUUAAAAAGUCUAGUUUCUUCAUUUUCAGU